GCCCCUUCCCCUUGCCCCCUUUUUAAACAUCACCCCUCGUAGAAAUUUUCUCUCUGUAUAUACGCACCUCAAAUAUUCAUUCAUAUAUAUACAAGAGUGUGUGUGAUCUUUUGGAGUUGAUGUUAUGCACACAUAAUUGGAGAGCUAUAGUGAGUUCUGAUGUUAUUGGAAUUUUGAUAAGACAUGAAGAUUCUAUUCAUUUUGUUUCGAAUGAAUUAGGAAUUAGAGUUUUUGAUGUUUAUAAGAUUGAGGAAUUAAAGCGGGAAAAAUAAGGUUUCUUGAGGAAUUAAGUCAAAAGACAAUGAAUUCAACAUAUACUCAAUUCGUUGCCUCUAAAAGGAUGGGUAUAUGUGACCCAAUCCAUCAAAUUGGCAUGUGGGGAGAUUUCAAAAGUAGCAGUUUCCCAGAUACGUCGGCGACCUUGAUUCUUGAAGUCGAGAAUUGUCUAGAGAACGAGAUGCCUAUUAUGGAGAAAAGACUACACAAUGAGACAGAGGAACUUUCACAUGGAACAGUUGGAACGUCUAACAGAUAUGAACCAGCAGCACGAAAACCUAUUGAUAAGGUGCUUAGACGUCUCGCACAAAACCGUGAAGCUGCUCGUAAAAGUCGUUUACGGAAGAAGGCCUAUGUUCAGCAGUUGGAAAAUAGUAAACUGAAGCUGCUUCAGUUGGAACAAGAACUAGAACGUACUAGACAACAGGGUCAGUAUGCAGGUGGCAGUUUAGAUGAAAGUCAGAUAGGUUACACUGGAACUGCAAAUUCAGGAAUUGCUGCUUUUGAAAUGGAGUAUGGCCAUUGGGUGGAAGAGCAAGAUAGACAGACAGAUGAAUUAAGGAGUGCUUUGAAUUCUCAAGUUGGUGAAAUUGAAUUGCACCUUCUUGUCGAGGGUUGCUUGAACCACUAUUUUGAUCUAUUUCGCAUGAAAGCUACGGCAGCACAUGCCGAUGUUCUCUUCCUUAUGACUGGCACGUGGAAGACAUCAGCUGAGCGAUUCUUCUUAUGGAUAGCGGGAUUUCGCCCCUCCGAGCUUUUAAAGGUUCUCACGCCAAAUGUGGAGCCAUUGACAGAACAACAACUCCGGGAGGUUUGCAACCUCACCCAAUCCUGUCAACAGGCAGAAGACGCGUUGUCCCAAGGAAUGGUAAAACUCCACCAGAUUCUUGCUGAGGCUGUUGCAGCUGGUACACUAGGUGACGGUAUUAUCCUUCCACAGAUGGCUGCUACCAUUGAGAAGUUGGAAGCUCUAGUUAGAUUUGUAAAUCAGGCAGAUCAUCUUCGCCAAGAAACCCUUCUACAGAUGUCCUGCAUCCUGACUCCGCAACAAUCAGCUCAGGGCCUCCUUGCCUUGGGAGAGUACUUUAAACGUCUUCGUGCUCUAAGCUCACUUUGGACCAGUCGUACUUCUGAAUCAGCAUAAAGAAGCAAGAAAAAACCAUUAUAUGCCACUCAGUGCAUAAUUCAACUCUGCCAAUGAAAGCUGUGCAAGCUAAAAUCUGCAUCUUGCUUAUACCGGUAAAACUAUGAAUAUGGAUAUGCAACAUAAUAUCAGCUUGCGCCCGUUUGGACACUGCUUCGCCCCUGAUUGAAAUCUGUAUAUAAGUUCCGGUAUGCUGUAGUUGGGACUUGAAAUUCGCAUUUCUAUUUUUUUCUUUUCACAUUGGUUUUGCUGAUUGUAAAUUAAUAUGGUCUUGAGAGGUUGUAGACUCGCUUGCCAGAGUCUCGGGAUGAAACUUGCUCCAAGUUGCUGUUAUGGUGCCUCUCUGUAUUUAAUUAGUAUCUAUUAUGGGAGUGUGCAAGCAAUUUUUGAAGCUUUGCAGAUGAACAACUGCUAUAAAAGAAAAAGGCAAUGAUGGCAUGAGCAAUAUUAUGUUGUUACUUAAUGAAUUGUGUUGUGGAAAAUUUGCACAUACAUGUUUACUUGUGUAGAUUUUCAUUCAAAAAGAUUGUUGGUACCAAGUUCAGCUAUGGCAUACUCCAUAAUAUAGUUCACUGUUUAAUCCGAGGCAACGUGCACCAACUCCAGAUUUGCUUCUCCCCUUGUAAUACUUGCCUUGUUUCCAGUUUGAAGGUAAUUGAUAGUUGUCGGCUU